GUGUUGGCCUUGUUGGCUGUUGGGUAGAGACCAGAGAGUCAGAAACCGAAGAAACAAGGAAGGCAGCUGUGCUGUGCUGGUUGUGCCGAGAGGUGCGUCCGUGCAGGCAGGCAGGCAGGCAGGCAGGCAGCCUAGUUGCUUGGCAUCCACACCACACCCACACCACAGCAAAGCCAAGAACCAACUCAUCGGGCGCGGAGACCACAGCGGGGGCAAAAGCGAGGAACAGGGUGGGAGCGGGCGGGCGGGCGGGCGGGACUGGGAGGGAGAGGAGAAAUCAUGGAGCCGAUUUGCUGUGGAGAUUCGGGCGCGUGAUCCGGUCGGAUCUUGCUUUCCCGGGGGGCGAUCGAGGCCACGCCGCUGCCUGCUCUGCUGGUGCGUGGGCGCGUGUGACGUGCCGUGCCAUGGCUGUGCCGCUCGCCUAUAUCCCCCGCCUCCCUCUCCCCGCCGCCUGCCGCCGCAUUCAGUAAAGCAACCUACCCUUCUUUCUACCGCUACCCCGCCGCGGCCACGAGGAGGAAGGCGACGACGCCUCUUCCCGGCCUGCCUGUGCGCGCUGUUCAGGAGCCGAGGGACGCUGCGGCGUGCGCGCGCGCUGGUCGUUCUGGUCGUCGUCCGUCCGCCUGUUCCCGUCCGUCCCACGCCGCCAUGACGGUGGUGGAUGCCGAGUCGCGGUUCCAUGUCCUCGCGGUGGACGACAGCAUCGUCGACAGGAAGCUCAUCGAGAUGCUCCUCAAGAACUCGUCCUACCAAGUGACCACGGUGGAUUCCGGGAGCAAGGCGCUGGAGCUGCUGGGGCUGAGGGACAACGGGGCGGAGGACGCGUCGUCGCCGUCUUCCUCCUCCCCUGACCACCAGGAGAUCGACGUGAAUCUCAUCAUCACUGACUACUGCAUGCCAGGCAUGACAGGAUACGAUCUGCUCAAGAGGGUGAAGGGGUCCUCCUCGCUCAAGGACAUUCCUGUGGUGAUCAUGUCUUCUGAGAAUGUGCCUGCCCGGAUCAGCAGGUGCUUGGAAGAUGGCGCAGAGGAGUUUUUCCUGAAGCCCGUGAAGCUCGCUGACAUGAAGAAGCUCAAGUCACACCUGCUGAAACGGAAGCAGCCCAAGAAGCCUCAGGUACAGGCGGUGGAGCCUGAGCAGCAGCUGGACCAGCACCCGGCUGUGCAAACGGCGCACGAGCCGGAGGAAACCGCGGCGGAGCCGGUGUCGGCCGCAUCCAACGGAACCGCCGUUGGCGACUGCAACGGCGGCAACAAGAGGAAGGCGGCUGCCAUGGAGCAGCAGCAGGAGGAGGGGCGGCUGACCCUGACGGCGGCAGCGGCAGCGGUGGCGCCGGAGAGCACCAAGCCGAGGCUGUCCACGAGCAGCCUGGCCGUGGAGACCUGAUCGGAACUCCGGAAGGCAACCGGAUCACAUACUACUACGUACAUUAAUCUAGCAGGGCAUGCAGUCGACUCGAGAGGCAAGGCAAGCAAGUGAGCAACCCAGCCCGCCGCCAACAAAAGAACUCGUCCUCCUUUCUUUCACUGGUUCUUUUGGUUCUGGGAGGGGUGGAUCAUCAUUAGCUCCUGGGGAUGGAGUGGGGUUUAGCUCUAAGUGAAAAACAAUUACAUAGCGACUGCUGCUUCGGGCUGCAAAUUUUGUUGUGUGCUCAUGGACAUGGACACCCUUGUGUUGUUCAUUAGGAAGGGGGAAAAAGGAAGCUGUAGAUAAAAAGGCAGGAGGCGCCUUGGAUGCUCUUGUUGUUUAGGCUAAUUUUUAAUUUCACCCGGCUUAUUAAUCAUGGUACUGACUUGCUGCCUAAAAACCUGUGAUGGUUGAUGCGUGCGUUGAUGGAUGGAUGUAUCAAUCGGUUGCUGAUGUUGUUUUCGCU